AUGUCGCGCUCACAAGACAAGAAACCGGUUGGAUUCGCCACGCAACUGACGGCGGGAGGUCUUGCUGGUGCGAUGGAGGCACUAUGCUGUCAACCGCUAGACACCAUCAAGGUCCGUAUGCAGCUCUCGCGGUCUGGAAAGGGAGGAACAAAACCGCGAGGCUUCAUCGCGACUGGUGCCAUGAUUGUCCGGAGAGAGACACCGCUCGCACUCUACAAGGGUCUCGGCGCUGUACUGUCCGGUAUUGUCCCUAAGAUGGCCAUCCGCUUCGCGAGUUUCGAGACGUACAAGGGUUGGUUGGCGGACAAGGAGACGGGCAAGACGAACCUCGGGGGCAUAUUCCUAUCUGGUUUGGGAGCGGGGACGACAGAAGCUGUGAUGGUCGUGACGCCUAUGGAGGUCGUCAAAAUCCGUCUGCAGGCCCAGCAGCACUCGCUCGCGGACCCAUUGGAGGCGCCGAAAUACCGCAACGCCGGCCAUGCCGUAUACAAGAUCGUCCGUGAGGAGGGCUUCGCGACGCUCUACCGCGGCGUCUCCCUCACCGCACUGCGGCAAGCGACGAACCAAGGCGCGAACUUCACGGCAUAUCAGGAACUCAAGAAGUUCGCGCAUCGCAUGCAGCCUGAACUCGUCGACCUGCCCUCGUAUCAGCACAUGCUGAUUGGUCUCAUCUCCGGUGCAAUGGGCCCCUUCUCCAAUGCGCCCAUCGAUACCAUCAAGACCCGGUUACAGAAAGCAACCGCGCAGCCGGGCCAGUCCGCCUUCCAGCGUAUCACCGCGAUCGCGAGCGAGAUGUGGCGAGAGGAGGGUUUCCGCUCGUUCUACAAGGGGAUUACGCCGCGUGUGUUGCGUGUCGCGCCCGGUCAGGCCAUCGUGUUCGCGGUGUACGAGCGCGUGCGGCGCGUGAUCGAAACACUGCAAGGUUCGGAGGAGGAAGCGCAAUUUAGCGAGUAG